AUGGCCAAAUGUAGAGUUGUGGUGGCCGACGAAAAGCAGUUUAGAGGCACAAUGUCGGCCACUCAGGGGAUGAACCACAGCGGUGUCUACAACUACUUCCUCAACAUGGUGGCCUAUCAGUUAUGCUGUUGCUGUGGACCGGCUCCCUGCUCCCUCUGCUGUGCCUUCUGUCCUCCAGUCAAGUCCUCCACCAGCACGCGGGUCAUGUACACCCUCUUCCACAUCAUGAGCUGCGCCGUCUCCUGCCUCAUGCUGUCCCGCACCGUCUCCGAGCUCGUCAGGGAAAAUGUGCCUUUCUUCAACAUGGUGUGUGACCAGGCGCAUGGCGGAGGCCACUGUGAGAUGCUGGUGGGCUACUCAGCGGUCUACAGAGUCUGCUUUGGCACUUCCUGUUUCUACCUGAUGAUGGCGAUCUUCCUCAUAGACGUGAAGUCCAGUCAGGACUUCAGAGCGCUCAUACACAACGGCUUCUGGUUCCUGAAGUUCAUCACCCUGCUCGGGAUGUGCACGGCUGCCUUCUUCAUCCCAACAGAGUCCUUCCUGCAUGCUUGGCAUUAUGUUGGUGUGGUGGGAGGAUUUGCCUUCAUCCUCAUCCAACUCAUCCUCAUCACAGCUUUUGCACACACCUGGAACAAGAACUGGUUGACCGGAGCAGCAGAGAACAAGCGUUGGUAUCUGGCGGUGAUGUGUGCCACCCUCUUCUUCUACACUAUCGCCACCAUGGCCUUCACCUUCAUGUACAAGUACUACACACACCCGAUCGCCUGCCACUUCAACAAGGUGCUGCUGUGGAUCAACCUGGGACUCUGCGGCCUCAUGUCCUUCAUUGCCAUCACACCGUGCGUGAAGCAGAAGCAGCCCCGGUCAGGGCUCCUUCAAGCCUCCAUCAUCAGCUGUUACGUCAUGUACCUCACUUUCUCUGCGCUGUCCAGCCGCCCGCCAGAGAAAGUGGUUUAUCAGGGCAUGAACAUGACCGUCUGUUACCCCAGUGUGGGACAAGAUGACAUCCAGAAUGAAGGCAACGCGGUGGCCAUAAUUGGAGCUGCCAUCAUGUACUGUUGUGUCCUCUUUGCAUGCAACGAAGCUUCCUACCUGGCAGAGGUGUUCGGUCCAUUUUGGAUGAUCAAAGUUUACCGCUAUGAGUUCCAGAAAGCCACCUGCUGCUUCUGCUGCCCUGAGGAAGAGGAAGCUGAGGAGGAAUUUGUGAUUGACGACGAGAACAAAGGCUGUCAGAAGGUCAUUCACAACGAGACCCUGAGAGUAGCUUACAGCUACUUCUUCUUCCAUUUUGUCUUUUUCUUGGCAUCGCUGUACGUCAUGAUGACCCUCACUAACUGGUUCAGCUACGAGUCAGCAGUGUUGGAGACCACCUUCACCCACGGCAGCUGGUCUACCUUCUGGGUGAAGAUGUCGUCCUGCUGGGCCUGUGUGAUCCUCUACCUCUGGCUGCUGCUGGGCCCUCUGUGUAGCUGUCAGUCUGAAUCCAGACCUCGCCGCUCACGCAUCAAACGCCGCUCAGGGUCCUCCCGCCAUGUCUCUGUCAGCGUCUGACACUCUCUGUGAGGGGCCAGGCAGGAGGGAGGCGGACAGGGCGCACUGUGCACAAGAGGUCAGAUGACUCCGAGCCGCCCUGCGGUGCCCCACAGGAGGGGAGUUUCAGGAAUGGAGGUCACAGGGGUCAGGGGUCAAAGACUCACAGUGCUGUGAGGACCAAUCAGAGGACUCAGUGCCCAGUGCUCUGUUGAUACUGUAUAUGAAGAACUGGAAAAAGUCCUGAUGUCACAGGCUGGACACCAUGAAAUUAAACCAUAACAGGGACUUGAUUCUGGUUUGGAAACACACGUACAGAAUGAAUUGCCAAAGGGAUCAGAAAGGGUGAACUGCACUCUGUAUAAUGUGGAAAUUACAGUAAGUAGGUGUAAAGAUGGACACAUUUCUGAAUUUUUACUCUUUAGUUAAGUAUUAUUUUACACUUGUGGCUGUAUUUAGACUUAUAAUAGCAUACCAGAGGAGAAAUUCUAGAUAAUACGUGCUGUAGUAUUGCUACAGAGGCACAUGUCCCAGGAAUGUUUUUUUUAUUUUUAUAAAAGAAUCUGCCCUAAAAGAGAAAGCGGUUAGUUCUCUGAUCUUAGACAGGUAGUCAAUGGUUUUGAUAAAAUUUUUACAAAUCUAUACACAAAUCUUUCUCACAGUUGGAAAAAGACAACUGUGUAACUUUAAGCAUAAUGGAAGAGAUGGCCCUAACUGACUAACUGAUUUCAGUUGCUUACGAGGGCCGAUUGCAUUACACAGUAAAAACUGAAACAACAACUAUCAAAGAAAUUAACAUAACAUUCAGGCUGAUCAUCCAUGCCAGUUCAACUUCAACAAUCACUAGUUACAGUACAAGCCUUAAAAAUGUUUUUCAACAUUUUAAGAAAUACACUGCGCCUGGAGGGGAAUAACUCUCCGUAGAAUCAAGACAACAAAGUUUUACAUUUCUGUUUGUGUACAGAUUAAGCAAACAAGAUAUAGCAUGUUAAUUAGUGAGCUUUAGAGGUGGGGCUUUAGUUCUGAGCAGUGCCAGGCUAACUGUAUCGUUUCCAGUCUUUAUGCUAAACUAAAGCUAAUUGACUACCUGAUAUAGCCCGAUAUUUAAUGUGCAUAUAUGAGAGUGGUGUCAUUCUUCUCAGCUAACUCUAGUCGAGAAAGUGAAUACGUGCAUAUCCCAAAAUGUCAAACUAUUAUUUAGGACUUGUAAUAAUGAACAUAUUGCUGCAGCAAAUUAGCCGAAAUCCCAUUUUGAAAUCGCCGCUGAAAUUACAGUGAAUGGAAGUCACGCUGUAGUUACAUAGAAUAAUUGCAUGAACUUUAUUUCAUUUAGUGCUAACAGUUACAAACCAGAAAAUGUACAUACAGAACAAAUUUAAUUGCAUCCUUUUAUAUUAAAUUAUGAAGUUCAUCUCGUAUACCUGUCAAUUAGGCAGCUUAAAGAUUGGUUCUUAUUUCCAGCCAAAGCCAAAGAAAGAUUUGUUCAUGUGU